GUGGUGGAAUUGAUAGGAGAACAGAAAAUCUUUGAAGGUAAGACGGCGGCUGCUCCGUUGGGCCACUGCCAGAGAACAUCGCAACUCUGAACUGAUGUCCAGGUUCGGGGGCUCUGGGAGAUGCUGCUGAGGUCUCCAGCCUGCCUCUUGUGGAGGCCUUUGGGCUGUGUCCUCCAGGAAGCCCCGGGUGGGCUGACCUAGUGAUAUCAAGUCCAUCUCUUCAGUUUUUUCCCCAGUGGGGCUGCAGGAAAGAUCUUUUGCUCCUGGCCUUUGCCAGUCAAUCACUAAGGAGCCCCUUUUCUCUCUAGGAGCCACAAGAGAUAUCGGCUCGGCACUGACCCGGAUGUGCAUGCGCCACCGCAGCAUCGAGACCAAGCUGAGACACUUCACCAACGCCCUCAUGGAGAGCCUGAUCAACCCCCUGCAGGAGAGGAUAGAAGACUGGAAGAAGACGGCCAACCAGCUUGACAAGGACCACGCAAAAGAGUACAAACGAGCCCGCCAUGAGAUAAAGAAGAAGUCUUCCGACACACUGAAACUUCAGAAGAAAGCCCGCAAAGAGCUACUUGGCAGGGGGGACCUGCAGCCUCAGCUGGACAAUGCCCUGCAGGAUGUGAACGACCUGUACCUCCUGCUGGAGGAGACGGAGAAGCAGGCAGUCCGCAAGGCCCUGGUGGAGGAACGGGGGAGGUUCUGCACCUUCAUCGCAUACCUGCAGCCGGUGGUGAACGGAGAGAUCACCAUGCUGGGAGAGAUCACCCACCUUCAGGGCAUCAUCGAUGACCUAGUGGUGCUGACAGCAGAUCCACACAAACUGCCAACAGCCAGUGAGCAGGUGAUCAAAGAUCUGAAGGGCUCCGAUUACAGCUGGUCUUACCAAACCCCCCCAUCCUCCCCUAGCAGCUCAGGAUCCCGAAAAUCCAGCAUGUGCAGUGUGGCACAACCGGUAAACGCCAACACCCGCCUAUCCAGUGUCUCAUCACAUGACUCGGGCUUCAUCUCGCAGGAUGCCAUGUUCUCCAAACCUCCUUCGCCAAUGCCCUUGGACAUCACCAGCCAGAAGUCCUCCAGCUCCGCAUCGUCUGAAGCCUCUGAAACUUGCCAGUCUGUUAGUGAAUGCAACUCCCCAACCUCGGUUAGUUCUGGCUCUGCCACUGGACUGUAUUCAGGUGGCCACAAGGAUUGGUCCAAGCUCCCCACCUAUGAGCAGCCGGGGGCAAAUGCUCUGCAGCGUAGAAAGGAUCGUGUGGAGCUUCUCCGGGAGAUAGAACCAGGCUCGGCCUCCCUGAUUUAUCCAGGGCUCAGCUUGGAGGAUGGUGCCCGGCCUCGCCCCUCUCCCGCUUCCAUUGCUGCCAAGCACGGGGAGGAGGUGUCUCCGGCAGCCAAUGACCUGGCCAUGGUGCUGACCCACAGCUUGAGCCUGGAACACCAGAAGAGCAGCCGGGAUAGCCUGCAGUUCUCCAGCGGCUACAGCACCCAGAACACCACCCCGUCCUGCUCUGAGGACACCAUUCCCUCUCAAGGUUCAGAGUACGACUGCUAUUCGGUGAAUGGGGACAUCGAGGGAGACAACCAGAAUGAAUUAGACAAAUCCUCAACCAUCCCUCGCAAUAGCAGUAUUGCUCAAAAUUAUCGGCGGAUGAUCCAGACCAAGCGACCGGCUUCAACGGCUGGCCUGCCCAUUGGCACUGCUUUGCCAACCGGGACCACGCCAGGCGUGGCUACUAUCCGUCGCACACCUUCCACCAAGCCCACGGUUCGCCGAACCGUCUCCAGCGCCGGUCCAAUUCCCAUCAGGCCCCCCAUCGUCCCUGUCAAGACCCCCACUGUGCCUGACUCGCCCAGUCACGCCAGCCCCCUCCGGAUGGGCAGCGAUGAAUGUGUCUUCUACGCCGAUGAUGCCUGCUCGCCGCAUGGCCUGGACUUCACGAAAGCCUCCCCCAAGAGGCUGAGCCUGCCCAAUGCCAGCUGGGGCAGCAACGCCCUGGAGAUCUCGGUGUACGCCAGGACCGGGAAGCCUUCCACCGAAGAGGAGCAGCAGCUGGCCGCCAACCGGCACAGCCUGGUGGAAAAGAUUGGCGAGCUGGUGGCCAGUGCUCAUGCCCUGGGAGACGGCCAGUUCCCUUUCCCCACGGUGUUCUCAGACUCUGGUCCUGAGGAGCAGACCCACAACGUCCCUCCAGCCGCUUCCAGUGAGCCCCCCACUGAAGACAUGCUGAUAGCCAUCCGCCGUGGGGUGCGCCUUCGUCGAACCCUCACCAAUGAUAGGUCAGCGCCACGUUUCUUGUGAUUGCUCUGCUCAGCUGUUGACCCGAACUCCUCCUGAGCACAAGGCACCCGGCUUCAGCAAAGGAGUGGGAAAGGUAGCAGAGGCUGGGCAAACUGCCCAAAGGCUGCCACGCCUCCCACGGUCAGGCUCUGGGUUAAAAGACUACAUGAAAUGCCUUUCUGAAGCCCCCCACAAAAUCCCCGCUUAUCUAGAACCCCUUUGGAGCCCAUUUCCUCCCUUGUUCUCCUCUCCCUUGCGCACUUUCUCUCUGCCCUCCUCUGCAGUGAGGUGGGAAAGCAGCGCCUGCCUCCCCUCCAGCUUGGAGCAGCAAUGGAGGAACCUUCUCUAUCUUCUCCUCCAAAGGCCUCGCAAGACGGAGUGUAGAAAUGCAGCUCCUUCCCAAGGUGUGGGGGGACUGUGGGCUGUGCGAGGAGCAGGACCCCCUUCCUGGGCUUCCCUAAGAAGGCAACCUUUCUCGGGAGGGGCUCCCUUCUAGUUGAGGGGGUCUCUCCAGUGAGACUGUCUCAGGGAGGGGACUGGCUUUCCCUAGAAGGGCUGCCCCCUUCCUUGCCCAACAUGGAGCCCACACCUGGCUUGAGCUUCAGAGCUUAGAGGCCUCCCUGGAGGCAGGACGGAGAUGGCAAAUGGGCUGCUUUGACACAAUUUCGAGCAUGGUCUGCAUGGAGGCCCAGCUAUGGCAGAAUGCAAAAGUGCCUAUGGAGAAAGAGGGUGGAGGGUGGAAAGGAGUCCAGGGACAGACGGGGUGGGGGGAUGUGCUUCGUGGGAGCUGUGCCAGGCACUGCCUUAGGCAGGCUUGGCCUUUGCAGAUCUUUCCCUGAAGGAGGGUGAGGGAGCAAUGCCAGGAUGGGGCAUCUUGAACACAGCCCUUGCCCCGAGCCAUCUCAAGGCCCUGGGUCCCCUGGGGUAGCUGCCCUUGGGCAGGUUCCUCUCUUCUCAGACCAAUCCGGACUCUUGACCGAUCGAACCAAAAGGGGGUCAGGAGAGGCUCCUUUGGCUGAGGCUUUGGGGGAUUGAUUUGAACAGAGCCAAAGUCCUCCGCUCUGCCACCACCACGAUUGGUCUGGCAGAUCACCGUGACGGACGCCUUUGGUUUGACCUGCUAGUGCUGGCUGGGCUCACAAGCUCCCUGAAGCCAGUCUUGGUUGGCUUGAUUUCAGCUCCACCCGAUGUGCAAGGCCAUCCGUGGCCCUCAGAAUCUUCUUGCACAAGGCUGAGCCACGUGGCCAGGCUCCCUUGAAGAGCCCAAGUGAUGCUGAAGCUGCACCAGACUUUGGGGGGGGGGGGACAGCUGAAAAACAAAGUCCUGAAAAGGGACUUUUGGAAACGGCUCCGUUCUCUUUCGGGAACCCAUGACAACUCCGCAGUGGGAUGGUUUUGACGGCCAAGGAUGGAAGCGGUGAGGUGAGCCGUGGCCCAGGUUGCUCAGCUUCGUCCCUGUGGCCUGAGCCAUUGACCUGCCUUGGAGUGAGAGCCCAGGGCUUUCAUUGCCCCUCUACUGCGCCAGGGCUGUCCUGCCUCACUCUCUUCUCCACCUUGUUCAUUCUCACCAAACUUCUGCACUUUCAUCCACAGAACGUUUUGUCUCGAAUCUUGCCUCGUUGUAAAGUCCUGACCAAUUGUUUACAGAUGUGGAAUCUGCCUGUUUUUGUAGUUGGCAGGAAGAUUUAUAAUGGGGAUGUUGGCAGAAAUGAUGCCAAACGUAGCCAUAAUGCAUUUAUUCACAGCUGGCACCCGAUGGAGCUUUCCAUGGUCUGGACCCAGAUCUAAAGAGAUGUGAAAGCUCUUCUCCUAAAUGGUGAUUGGUGACCUUCACUUCUCUCUGAAACUAGAAAUGAGUCUCUGUUGGCAAAAGGAAAGUGAUGGUAGGAGAGAGAAGACGGUUUUGAAAGGUUGCAGAGUGGAAGGCAUGAGAAAAGCUGCCUUUCCUUGGGCAGGGCUAGGAAGGGGAACUGGCAAUCCUGCUGGUUCUCUUGUUUUUAGUUGCAGAGCUUUUGAUGCUGGGCUUGGCAUGUCUGGUACAGGUGGCAUCCAGAGGUCAACAUGUGAUGCACAUGUGGCACAAGGAAGCAAAAUUGAAAACGAAUGUUUGCUGCUGUUUGCACCAUUAAGGAUUCCAGUAUGUUCAGUUGAGGGGAAAGUAUAUUUUAAAAACUUGAGUUAUUUCAAGAAGCACACAUCAAAUGUAAGCAUAGAACUGGGAAAUGUAGGGUAGGGUUUGGGGCACUGUUUUGCCCAACCUGGUCUUGGGACUUCCAGUUUACACCUCUGGAGAACAUUUAAGCCUGAGGCGGCCUGUUCUGAGGGGCAAAGAGCUCGGGCCACGAGAAGGUAUGCCGUGGACUCAGAAGGGCUGGAGGCUUCCUUGGCAACGGAGAGGCCGCCUGUCUCCCCAAAGGCCAUUGAGGGAGCAGCACGAGGACUCCAGCAUCCCAAGAGGAAGAAGGUCUCACCUCCCAUGUACAUAGCCGUUUGCUCCCCAUCUGGUUCUACCUGUCUCUCUGUGUGUUACAUCAUUGUAGGCCCCUCACUCUUCGGCUCUUGUGAUAACACUUUCCUUUGAACACGUCAGCCCUCCUGUGAUUCCCACACACCUCAAACGUGACACUGUGAGAUUGUUGCUUUUUGCUUUUCCAAUUUGUUUUGUACAGUAAGAAACAAGCCUUCUAAAAUGUCUGUCAGCUGAUGUUAACUGUCCUGGUGCUGUUAACUUUUUCUUCCUUUCCAUCCCAUAAUUUAUUUUCCUAAUAGUCUGAGCUUCUCCACAUGGGCCCUUUCUUCCCAUUUAGUUGUGGGUUUUUUCAUUCAAAAUAGUCACCGCUACAGGUAACAAAUGCACUGUGAAGAUUUCAGUAUUAAUAAAAGUUGUACUGUAAUUAA